UAGUGGUAAUUAUGCUGCACAGUUUUAGUGUUUGUACUCUAUUAGUAAGUUGAUAUCAGACUUUCUAUCUAAAAAAUCUAUUACAACUGAGCGUCUUUGUCAGCGCAGUACAUAGUUUCAGCGGUCUUCAGUAUUGGGUUCCCUGUGUCGYUAUGUUUAUAUUUGUCGCAUGUUAGUAAACAAUGGCAGUCACUAUGAUGUGCGCCUUUCGCACGAACGAACAAAUCUAAAUAACCAAGCAACUCAGCGACAGAAACAGCUUGAAAAACUACCGUUGUCAAUUAGGUAAGUGUUGUGUUAAUGGGAUGAAACAUCCGAUAGUUAACAGUUAAUAGACUUGACAAUGUACAUUGUGAUACAUCUAAUGAUAUAAUGAUAGUGCUAUAGUGCAUAUUGCUGGAUACAGUUUUAGUUUUUUUCAAAGAUCAUUUAAUUAYAUAUCAUUUUGCAUAGAGAAGGCAAUGAUUGUCCAUAAUAACUGAAAAAUUGGAUUAGUGUUUGAACRGUUUUACUGCUAGUUACUAAGCCAGGAAUCAACGCAACKCAUGCAAACUCGCAAUUUUGAUUCAAUACCUCGAACUACUUUAACACAAGCAAUAAUUUACUGAGAAUUAUUGAUAAUGUGAUUAUGAAGUACUUUGGACUACAGUCAUGCAUGGCCAGACAUAUAAAGUUUAAAAACUUCAUGCCRUCACGAUAAUCUAAAUGUUAUAAGGUGAACCAAUAAACUUUAAAAGCUUUACRAUUAAUAGUUUUUCCAUAUAUUUAGGAUAAAGCGAGUAUAGAUACAUUUUGAAUUGCAUGUUUUGUUUAUUGUCUAUUUGCAGUCUGCCCUCGUUGUUUGUGUCAGACUGACGUUCAAAAUUGCUGAAAUUGUACAAUUGUUUGGUCUUUACUCUGGCCGAAAAUACUAUUCUAUAAUCUAUUGAAAUGUUUUGAGCUUUAUUUUUUGAGGAACUAAAUCUUAAUAACCGCAAAAUGAGAAUCGUUUGAUAUUAAUUGAAAAUUGUAUAUGUUAACAACAGAGGAAUUUCGACAUGCUUUAGUUAAGAAGUUAUUAAUUUGUAACUGAUUAAACUACAAAGUUAGGUGAACAAGGAUAAAGAGAUGAGGAACGCAUGUUGUUUUUAAGAUUUAAGUUUGUUUUUAUGGURAAGCGAGCUUGUUUUGUUUUCAAAAGAUUACCAUCGAAACGGUAAAUAUACGCAGAACCCUUGCCGUUCGUAAGAAAGACUUUCCAACUAGGGGGCAAAAUAAUUGCACGCAGCUUUGGUUUUACAUGGAGAGGGACUUCUGUCAGACCAUAACUUGCACAUUCUACCGCAAAUAAAUAAAACAAAAAAACAUUUAAACACAAUACAAAACAACACAUUACAAAACAAAAGCAGAAACAAAGAAUUAAAGGAAAAAAAAAACAAAAAAAAAAACAAGGCAUAGAAAAGCGAAACAAAAACGACAGGGAAAACACAAAAACUAUGAAACACUUGAAAAAAACAACUCAAAUGAAAAAGACACAAGAAAAUGAGCUUCGAACUUGCAUCGUGCAUGUUUUUGAAAGGCUCAACCAAAAAUUGUCAGGUGAUUUCCCAAAUAUUUGGUUUUACAUUUGUUGUAAUACAAAAUCUGCCAAAAGUCAUCAGUAAUUUUGAUAAAAAAUAUGAUUAAAAGAUUUCCUUCCAAUCCUUAUUUGGUUUGACAACAAAAGUACUUGAGAUUUACUAUGGMGAGYACACUGAAGAUCUACGUAUCUUUUGGCAAAAUUGACGACUAGUUUUGACAGCUGAAGAACGUCGAAACAUCCACUGGUUUCCACGCAACGGAAAAGAAAAUUAACGCAGUCUUAUUUGACGUUUUUGUACACUAUUUACUUAAUAUUCUCUUAAUAUCACUGACAACAYAGAUUCUUUUAUAUAGUUAUACAAAUCCGCAUAGUUUUUCUAUGGCUUUGUGUUCGUGGAGCUAUUCCUUCGAUAUUGAGCUCACAAUUAUCCGUUAAAAAUAUUGCCGAGCGUAAUUAAGUAGUAUAAAAGAGACAGUGAGAUGUAAUUAUGAAGAGAUAAAGCAAACCCAACAAAGAAGAGAUUAACAUAACUAAACAAGAACAGUACUUUAAGCCUGAAAUGUCAUGACACGCAGAAAGCAAUGUCGUGAAAUUUACUGAGCUGUUCAAACGAAUCUCACUCGAGGAUUAUUGGAGUCAGUUUCAAAUGGUACUAGUUUCGACUUGAAAAACACGAGGGUAACACUAAACAUCUCUUCGCUUAAGAGAUUACUUUUGACCUGUGUAAUUGUUUUAUUCUGCAGGUGUCAAAAUUGGUACUUUGACAGCCACAUUGCAAGCGAAUGUACACUUGAUACAAUGAAAAAGAGAUUAUAGAAGCUACAUUCAAAAACAAAUACGAAAAUACCAAGAUAAAAAUGGAAACCAAAGCUACGGAAGAAGGUUUUCAAAUCUUUAUAUCUCUACCUACGGACGAUGUUUGCACUUUGAAAGGAUUGAGCGAAGACACGAGAAUUUACCAACUCAAAUCUCGAGUUGAACUCAAAACUGGUAUCCCAGGAGAUGUUCAACAUCUGUACUUCAUGAACAAAGAAUUGUACGACAACUACAAACUCGAGGACGUUAAGCUCAAAGCUGGCUGCAUCGUGAGAGUCAAGCUCGAGCCAACAUGGAUGAAUCUCUUUGAAGCUUGCUGGCGAGGUGACAUCUACGAAGUGUUUCAAAAUGGAGUGCAAUAUCUAAACGAGAAGGAAUUCCAAGGUUAUAACAUCCCAUUGUGGAAUAGAAUAGUCGUACAACGAGCUACAAAUGCUCUUUUUAUCGCUGCUCAUAGAGGMUUUUUAGGAUUAAUCAUUGAGCUUUUGAAUCAUGGCGCCGCCGAUAUUAAUGGUAAAACACGGUUUGGAAGAACUUGUCUUCACGUUGCUGCAUAUCAAGGGUUUGUAGGUUGUGUYUCUCUUCUACUUUCUGAAGGAGCUCUCUGUAACCAAAUUGACUAUAAUGGGAAAACUGCCCUUGCUCUUGCCAGCRAAAAUGGYCAUAUCUACUGCGAGAGAAGGCUUUGGCUUUAUCAAAUGAGUUUGAAAGCUCUUGGGGGACUGUCACGAAACUCAAGUGAAGGUUCUCCAGCAGGAAGAACUGAAUCUGCUGACAGCUUGUCCCCUUUUCCUUUUGUUCAUAUUGUCCAGAAGUACCGAAGAGAGUACAACACGUCAAAUAAUACAAGUCUUCCAAAUAUGGGUGGAAGGUCUAAUAACUCUAGACCCCGUACGGCACCAGUCUCUUCUCCACCGAAAGAGAACAAGCAUGAGCAUGGUGCGAGAAAUGAGUUGCGUAUGGUUGAAGAAGCGAACGCUGUAAAUGUCGAGAAAGAGGUGGAACAACAAGUGAACGAUUGCACAGAUGUACAUGACGAUACAGUAUCUACCAAUGAAACAGGUAACAUGGAACUGAUUAGCAAAUUACGACACCCUUUCUUCUUUCAUAAGCUUAUACAUAAAUUGCUCAAAGAAAGAAAAUUUCGCAAAUAUGAACUUUCAUUCAGGCCACAGACAAGCAAGCCUUACGYAAUACGUCAUCUCGACYUAGUCAUCUCAACUGCSCAUGACCAAAAAGCAGAYACCGAAACACCGAAAACAAAUGACAAUAUAUCACRUGACCACUCAACUCCAYCUGAUGAGCCCGCAAUUCAUAGCUAUUUCGAUGUAACCGAGCAUGCAUAUAGACCUCGAAAGCCCGCUCAGACGUUUGAGAGUUGGCUUGAAAAGAAAAGAAAUCAAGGUCAGCUGCGACCAAUGACAGCGCAUGCGCCUGAGAGGAGUAAAAUGGGUAAAAGCAUCGACCCGGAUGUCUUCAAAAACUGGCUUAAUAAAAAAAGACGGAAUAGAAGUUAUUCUGAAUCCAGCAGCACAAGCACAAAGAAAACCUAUAUUAGYUCUGGYAUGACWUUUGAAAGGUGGCUAGAAGAAAAAAAGAAAAUGGYRAGCAAAGAGAAUGAAUGUAGCUUGACGGAGUCGCCCGAGAAUGGUCGACGCGCGCGCGCGGUUUUGGCGGGAAAAACCUACGAGGAUUGGCUAAAAGAGAAAAUGAGACAAGUUCAAUCKACCAACAUAAAYGACGAAGAAAACAARAAAGACGGGCCAAAAAGYGGGAAAACUUUCGAAAUGUGGCUCUUGGAGAAGCAAAAUCAGAAGCAGAUCGAAAUAAUUCACAAGGCAACCGAAGAAAAAGAGAAACAAAGACAAUUGGAACUAGAGCAAUACCAAAAAUACCUGAACCCAAACUACAGGACGUUUGAAGAAUGGCUCGCUAUCAAAAAGCAAGAGCAUUUGCUAGAGCGAGAGCGAGUCGCUGAAUCAAAACUUAAYGARCCAAGCAGUGAAGAGAAAAAGCAAGAUGCCGACUUGGUAUUUGGUAUUUGGUUGACWAUGAAGUUUGUCRARGAAAURAAGGAGGAAGAAGAGAAAUAUGAAGAAAUGAGAGAAAAGUGGGAGAGAAAAGAGAAGCAAAGAGCGGCUCUCAGGCGAGCUAUCAACAUGAAUAGGCUGAUGAGAAAGCAACAAAAAAAUCGCGGCGAAUUUAACGAAAGUUGUAAAACUCUAAGUCUUUCAUGGAGUUAAUUAUGACGAUGAAAUAUUAUAAGGUUGUCAUAUUGUAAACUUGAACGCCAAAAUCUCAAAGAGACUUUUAAACAGUUUGCGAUAAAAUUCGAACUGUUUUCUUAGAAGAGAAAGCUAUCCACUAAGUGGAAAACACACACUAUAUAAAAUAUAUAAAAUACACAAGUAUAAACAGUUCAGAAUAAAGCUUAUUUUUUAUGAUAA